UUUUCUUCCUCUUGCUUCUAAUCAUCACCCUCUGCCAUAUAAAUCCUUCCUCUAAUAAACAAAGCAACGCAGCCACACACGAAUACCAAGAAACAUGGGUUCUUACGAGGGAAGACCAUUGGUGAUGGAAAUGGAGCACGAUCGAGGUUUUGAAGGCCUGGAAGAUGGUAGCGGAUGCGGAUGCGGAUGCUUUCGUAGUCUCAGCUUGAGGUGGUGGCGCGGCGGCGACGAAGAAGGUAAGCGUUUACUGGCGGAGCAAAAGGGCGUCGGCGGCGAAGGAGAAGCAUGGAUGAUGGAAAAGUUAAGGAAGGUGAAGGAGGCUUCGGAAGUGAUUGCGGGUCCAAAGUGGAAAACUUUCAUAAGAAAGAUAAGUGGGUAUGGCAAGAAGCAUCAAAAGCAGAGGUUUCAAUAUGAUGAACACAGUUAUGCUCUCAACUUCAAUAGUGGAGCUCAAAGCGAAGAUGAAGAUCACAUACCUCCAAGUUUCUCAGCCAGAUUUUCUGCUCCUAUUCCUGUUGGUCGCCGCCAAAAUGAGUCAUGAUAUUAAUAUAAAAUUCUCUGUAUACUAAUUUUAAGAUUCAUUCAUUCAGUAAAAUUUGUUCACAUGUUAUUCGUA